GCCUGCUCAGGGCACAGCUGAGAUGCAGCUGUUCGUGGACCGAGGCCGGAGCUCGGCAGGAGGGGAGUAGCACGGCCUGGCAUUGCCAAAGGUGCGGGGAUUUCCUUCGCCAGCCUCUGAAGGAAGGAGGAGACCGCCGAGCCCACCGUGUCACCGCCCGCAGCGGCCGGGGCAUCCGAAGCAAUUAAGACAACGCCCGUCAAGAGAGGCAGGCAAGCUUCGCUUGCGAGGUGGAGGUUGCAGGCGAGGAGUGCCGCCCAACGACGGCCGGGGGCAACGGCGUGGAGCUACCAAGGUCCAACCAGCAUCAUCGGAAGGAGACGCGGCCGGCAGGCGAGGAGGAAGAACCGGUGGUGCCCUCCGCGCGGCCGCCAUGAAGCCCGAGGUUGAAUCCUGACGGGGAGGGGGGCACGAGGGAGGAAGGAGGGGACCAUCCUCCCCCACCACCCUAAUAAGCUGCUUCCUUUAGCCUCGGCGGACAGCCUCGAGGCCUCUGGAGAAGGUGACUUGACCAUCCUGCAGAGGAAGCUGAGAGGGGAGUAUCGUGUAGCCAGCGUUGCUCUUUGGAUCUGCCUACGGAAGAUGCACCUGGGCAAAAAGGCCUCGCGUGGGGAGAGAGCGGAGAGGGGGGCACGAGGGAGGAAGGAGGGGAGGGCGGUGGGUGGACGCCGAGGUCGGGGUGAGCGACGGCGGAGAGGGGGGAGAGGAAGCCAUCUUCCCAACCGAAUUCCAUCCACCAAUCGGACCUACAGUUUGGCUUCUGAACCCGUAGCUACCAACAUCUCUUCUGCGUAUCUGAAGAUCCGAAUAUUGGAAGAAGAGAGGCUCCAAACAAUAGCAAUGGCUUGCUUCCCAGUGUUCCGAAGGAAGAAGAAUUCCAGGAGCAAGAUUGUGCAACAUGACCAAGACAUCCCGAUCACCGGCAACGUGAAAAUCUACUCGUCCAAGGAGCUGAGAAAAGCCACAAGAAAUUUCUGCCCGAGAAACAAGCUUGGACAGGGUUCUUUCGGCUGCGUCUACUUGGGAAAGAAGAACGGCGAGAAAGUUGCCAUCAAGGUGCUCUCCUCGGAGUCAAGGCAGGGAACGAAGGAGUUCUUGAAUGAGCUGAGUGUCAUCUCCAACAUAAGCCAUCACAACCUUGUCAAACUGCAAGGCUGCUGCGUCGAUGGAGGACAGAAAAUGCUGGUCUACAAUUAUCUGGAGAACAACAGCCUUGCACAGACCCUCUUUGUUUCUUCAGGCAAUUCCCGCAGUGGCAUCAGUUUUGACUGGAGGACACGGGUGAAGAUCUGCAUCGGCGUUGCUGACGGGCUCGCUUACCUUCACGAGGAAGUCCGGCCACUGAUCGUCCACCGUGACAUCAAGGCAAGCAACAUUCUCCUUGAUAGGGACCUGAACCCCAAGAUAGCGGAUUUCGGGCUGGCAAAACUCUUCCCAGGCAACAUGACCCAUAUCAGCACCAGGGUUGCAGGGACACUAGGAUAUCUUGCGCCGGAGUACGCAAUCCGAGGGCAGCUGACGAAGAAGGCUGACGUCUACAGCUUUGGAGUUCUGCUGCUGGAGAUUGUCAGUGGCAGAUGCCACACUGACCCCAGAUUGCCUCUGGAAGACCAGUACCUCCUAGAAAAGGUCUGGACGCUCUACGAAUCUCGUGAUCUUGAGAGCAUCAUUGACAGGACCUUGAAGCGUGAUUUCGAUACCGAGGAAGCGCAUCGGUUGCUGAGUAUAGGGCUUCUGUGCACCCAGGAUACCCCGAAGAUCAGGCCUUCGAUGUCGAUGGCCGCCAAGAUGUUGAAGGGUGAAUACGCCGUCAGUGACAGGAUCAUGAGGCCCGGCCUGAUCACAGAUGUCAUGGACCUGAAAAUCAGGACAGUAGAGCCGGUUCAGUUGAUUUUAUCUCCAUCAAUGUCUCCUGCAGAGAGAACCUCACUGGUGUCUACACUUGGAUUAGCUGGCAGCACUGUGUUAGAGGAGAGCCCAUGAUGGAAAGUUAGCAAUUUGAAGGACCAGAUGUCUGAGAAAAAAAAGGGCUGUAAAUUGAAAGGAUCAUGGAUUAUUUUUUGUUAGUGUUUACAGUUUUAUGUUCAGUCACCUACUCAUUUCCCA